CAGCUCCUCUCCGAGCUGGAUCAGCCUGCCCACAAAGGUGCCUGCCGUCCUCACCGACCAGCAGAAACAUUCACACCUCGAUUCGACGUCACCGAGACUGCUGAAUCAUAUGAGCUUUACGGAGAACUCCCAGGUCUAAACCGAGAAGACCUCUCUAUCGAAUUCUCGGAUGCGCAAUCCCUCGUCAUCAAGGGCAAGGCCCAACGAACAUUCAACUCUGAGACUGCUCAACCAGAACAAUCCACCACCAGCGAGAAAGGCAAAGAGAGAGAAUCCGAUGCUUCAUCCGAGAAGAGCCACACUGCUACUACGAGCGCACCACAGCCCAAAUUCUGGGUCGCUGAGCGCAAAGUUGGAGAGUUUGCUAGAAGUUUCUCAUUCUCUCAGAGAAUCGAGCAGGACUUUGUCAGUGCUGACUUGAAGAAUGGUAUUCUUCAUGUUGUGGUCCCAAAGAGUCAGAAACCCAAGAAGGUCAAUGUCACUGUCAACUAAAAGGAUUCGUCAUGAUGGGGAGUAAGGGAUAUAUGGCGGCAUUUGCAUAAUGGAGUUUU